ACCAAACUUCUUAACCGUCUCAUUUUCCUGCCUACAUAAAUGUGUUUCCUGUAAACAUAUAAUCUCAUCACAUUCAACGACAGUAUCUUCAUAUUAUACUCCUUCAUUUGCAUUUAUGGAGUCUGGGCGUUGUUUUAAGACAAACUUGAAAGAAAUUGUGAUCCUUUAACUGAACUCUGACUCCACAAAUGAGUCCUGCCAGCUGUUUGCUAUUCCUGCAAACAACACAGGGUGGCAGCAACAUGUAAUUAUGACACGCAUGUUAAACAAAAUGUGUCUGUGUAAAAAUACAUUUUACAACUCAAUUUAAAGAAAAAUCAAUCACUUCUUUGUUUUAAAGACAAAAAAGAUCACAAUUAAUCAUUUACUUGAUUGAUUGCAAUCAUUAUUCACUGAAAAAAGUCACUGUCAUUCAAGUGUCUUGAGCAGGACUGUACUGUAGUGUGUAUAUGUGUGAGUGAAAGAGAAAGAGAGAGAGAAAGAGAGAGAGAGAGAGGUGAGAAGUGAGCUGGUGAUCGCGUUGAGUCAGUCUUCAGUGGGACAGCAGUGAGAGAGGACCAUGCGGCGGACAAACUUUCUCUCCCAUCAGCACCACUUCCAUCAUCACUGUCCUGUAAAUCCUACCAAACCCAGCUGAGGAAUGAUGUCAGCGAACAACAGCACGACCUUUCCACAGGACCACAAUGACUACCCCUGCGUGCGCUUUUACGUCUCCACCGUGUCCUUCUCGGUGUUGCUUUUCUUCAACCUCAUCAUUAACUGGACCAUAAUUCGCGAGGAGCAGCUCCGCACUCAUGCCCGCUUCGUGCUGGUUUUCCACCUGCUGGUCUCCGCCCUGGUUCACAUGGGCAUGAGCAGCGUCUUCUACUACCAGAUCCACCUGCGCGCGGAGCUGGAUCGUCCCGCCUGCAUGGCCAUGCUCACCAUUUUGAUCAGCAGCGGCUCCAACAUCCUCCUGACGCUCACGGUGAUGGCUUUGGACCGCUAUUGCGCCGUUUGCCACCCCAUGCGCUACAGCUCUUUAAGCAACAAGGGACACUGGCCCUGGCUGCUGGGUGUGCUCACCUGGGUCGUGGCCUUGAUCAUCCCCUUCAGUCUGCUGCUCCGCCCGGACGCCGACUAUGAUGGGAAGUGCACCCGGGAGAAGCUGAAGAAAGGCGACGUGCAGAAAGUGUUAUUCAUCGCUGUGUGCACGCUGCUCAUACUGUACAGCUAUGUGAGGAUACUUAUGGAGGGACGGCGUUUAGGGGUGCUCAAUCGGCGCAACCGUGCCGGUUGCAGGACCAUCACCCUGCACGGCUCACAACUGGCUGUUUACAUCCUCCCCAACUUUGUGAACUUCUUCCUAAAAAAGCUGUACCCAAAGAACUCCAUUGAGCCGGAGACCAAAGAACUGUUAGCCGUGGUUAUAUUUGCUUUCUUCAGCUUGGCGCAGUGCGUCGCGCCGGUUGUUUACGGGCUGCGUAAAGAGGAACUUCUGGAGCAGUUGAGUCACAGGUUCCCCUAUUGUUCCCGAUACUUGAAGCGUGUGCUCGGCUGGACUGUGCGUGCCAACUGGCCCCACAUCGAACACAUAUCACGGGAGCGAACACUGACAGCUCAGACCAUCAUCUCCUUAGAGACUCCGCAAGUCCCAGAGGAGGAGGAGGAGGAGGAGGAGGAGGAGAGGGAAGAGGAAACUGGGCCAGUUCUAGUCAGGAGUUCCUCACAUGACCUGCACUCAUGUCAAGGCGAAAAGGACAAUGCCUGAUGGGGAAAAAGCAAGUCAGCAGAAGGAUCCCGAUCACCACAGGAACAUAUUUGGAUGUGUUGCUGGUGUUCUCGACUAAAAGGAACCACCUUGGACAUAAAUAAUGGUCUGACGAAUCACCCUGAGCACAUUUAGACCUGCAUGUACAGCAUCAAGGGACAGCAGCAUAUUUAUAUUUUGCUCUAUUUUUGACCUUUUUUUUUAAAAUAAGGGAAGUACACAUGUUGUGGCCAACAGCAGAAGACAAUGUGGUUUCAAGAAAAAUGGGCAGUUCCUUCCCUCGAAAAUGGACAUUUUCCUGGCUGGUCCAGGAACCAAAAAAACUUCUGACCUGAAGGCUACAAACAGUCCUGCCCCGUUCUGGAUGAAAACGUCCGGGACUGAGGAUAUACUAAAGCUUAUCGAUAGUCUAGUGAAUGCUGUUUUUAUUAACUGUGAACUUUGUGAAUAUUAAAAUCAGGAGUAUAAAUGA